UCUCACGCAUCAGAGCGGCAGAGGACUAGUCACGACAGAAAGGGCGUACGAAUACCACAACAGAGCUGGUCAAGUGAUGCACUGCGAUAUCAUCGCCACUGGCUUCUCGUAGGCGACGAAAACAAAAAAAUACAGCUUUGUGAUACCUUGAAACUUGCAAGAUGGAGCAUGGCCAUCAUCUUGGUUGACCUUACGGAUAGCUUGGAUGUGUUGCACGGCAUGGAAAAGGUCGAGAUGUGCAACAAGUGGCAACCAAGCCGGACAGGGGGGCAGCCACGCAGCGCAUAUCAGAGUGAAGGGGAAAGAGGUGUGUGGGGAUUCAAUGAAGGAUCUGGAUUUCCCCAAAUCUCCCCCAAUGGCCCCCAACAACGUCUCAAGAAAACCAGAGAAUUUUUCAGCAAAUCCUUGUUCCUCUCAGCCACCAACAGCUAGAGGGAGUUCUGCCAAAGCCCAUCUUAACCGCGUACGGAAUACAGAGGUGAGAGAGAGAGAAAGAAGGAAAGGUACGGAUAGGUGGGAGAGGUGCCAUGCAGCCAGAAACCAUAAAACACAUGUUCUGAACGAUUGGCCACAGCGGGGCAAGGAAGGGGACCCCUAUGGGCCAUUCCAUUUUCAUUCCAGCAACCCCCCCACUGAUCCAUGGAUAUCCGCUGCGCCACAGGUUGCAGAAAAGAGAACAGAUGGAAAGCAGACCGCAGAAAGAGCAGCAAUGCAGAAAUGCGGUACCUGGGGAGGCGACCUUGUUACACCGCUUGACCGCUUCGGAAAGGGACACACACCCCCAUGCCUAGGUACCUCUCCCAAACCCCUAACUUCUAACAGCCCGCCAUCAGGAGAUUUACCAUUUUCGAGGCAUGAUCUCUCUCCCACCAACACUCCAUUUCCUGUUGCGCAAAGGGGGAAACACACACAAGACUUUUUUUUUUUUUUUUUUUUUCGUCUCUUUUUCAUUGACAAGUGCGCUCGGUGAAAAACUCUCGUUUCCUCACGGACACACUCUUUCUUCUCGAGACCUGGACAUUUUUAUAAAUUAAAUGUCCCAGAGCAGCUGAUUCGACACUGGUUCUCUUUUCGCCCCUCCUCUCUCUGUCUCUCUCUUG